AUGUGCUGCACGUGCUUCCAGUUUGUUUGUGCAUUCUUCGCCCCCCCGCUGGCAGUUCUGUGCCAUUCUGGAUGCACUAUGGACCUGGUCAUCAAUGUCCUCCUGACGUUAUGUGGAAUAAUUCCUGGAAUCGUCCAUGCGCUUUACGUGAUUUGUCAGGAGGAUCAACAGGGCAUCGUUGUCGCAACCACUGUGAACGUUGCACAGCCAUUGGUCCCAAUGCAACAACCAGUACAACCUCCUUCAGCGCCUGUCUACUAUUCUCCAGCGGCCCCGCCACCACCUCCUGUCUACUACAGCGAUGUAGCCCAGAAGUACUAG